UUCUAUCUCAAACUUUUUGGACCUUUAAGAAUUUAUGGUUUUACAUUUUUGAGUCGAAUCUUUUCCAGAACUCUUUUCCAAAGUGAUCAGAACCAGUCAGAAUGUCUCGGUUCCCAGUUUGGAUCUGCUGUUGGAGCCAGAUGAAGCCAUGAGACACAUUGGUGGUUCUGUUGGGACUCGGACCUGCUGGGAAUCCAACAGAACCUUAAUUCCCUUGGUACUCUCUUCUUCGGACCCAGAAAGUUCUGCUGGGCCAGUUCUCUUUAUUUUCUGUUCUCACAGCAGAUCUUGAUGCUCAGUCUUGGAUAACAGCUGAUAUUUAUCUCAUGUUGGGGGCAGCGCCUCCAAAUCGACCCGCAGAACAAGAGCCAGCCGUCCUGCUCCGUUCACGGCAGUAAAGAUGGCCGCCGCCGUCUGCGGAUGGAUGUUCAAGCUGCCGAGAGCGACAGGACGGUCACCGGAUCAGAACCAGGUGAAGGAAGCUGAUAAAAAGAGACGGUGAAACGAUCAGAACCGGGCCGUUCAGAUGUGGGCCACAUUCAUGAUUCAUAUUUAAGAAAUUACUUUGUUGUUCCUCUGACAACGCUCUAUGAUCGGUUUGUUAAAAGGUUCUGUGGUUCUUCAUGUUGGUUUCUGGUCUGAAAACUGAAAAUCUGACAAUAAUCAGAUAUUUCCGGAUUAAAACCUUAAAGUGGCAGGAAGAAGAUAAAUGAUGAGGAGAACCUGAGUGAAUCACGGCGAGGCUUCAGGGUCCGUUCUGGUUUUAAUCUGUUCCAGUCAGGCAAACUGAACAGACUCCUCGUCUCAUUGGACCUCCAGGAUGGAAACGUGGUUGCCAUGGCUACCGUCAGGCCAGGGCGACUGGUGAAGGAAGCGACUCUGCAGACCUCGGAGGGGUUGUGGCGGCUGCUGGCCACUAGGUGGAGCAGGCGAGCGCUCUGGCCAUCAGUUUAUUUACCACGGCGCGCACACACACACACACACACACACACACACACACACACACACACACACACACACACACACACACACACACGCUGAAGAGGUUUACAGAAAGUGACACCCAGCGAAGUGGAGAGCAGGGCUGAGGAUCUGCCAACAAAACAAACAAUCAGGCAGGCAGUCGGAGGAAGGAGACGAUCGGCCUCCGCCUCCCGGCGCUGAAAUAUUUAGCCAGGCGGGACGGUUCUCAUGGCUGGAGACGUCUGCAGCAUGUUGGAGGAACUUCUGCAUGACUGCAGCAUCAUUUCACAUCCAUCUCCUCCAAAUCCUCCCUGACAUGUUUGGUGUCUUUGGAAACAUUUAAGCGUCUCCAGCAGACGUCUAAAUGAAGCAGUGUGGUUUGUGAGCCGUCUGUCCCGAUGCGCCUUUUCAUGCCCGCGGGCUGAUUCCUGAGCGGAGUGCCUCAGCGGCCGCCGGCUGUAUGAAAGGUUCAUGACUGGAAGGUGGUUAGUUAUUUAAAGCAGCUACCGGCCCAGACACGCUCGCACCAACAAUCCGCCCUGCAGAGGCUUUAUAAGGCAAGAGCGCGGCGAUGAGCUCACUCAGCCAGGUUCCAUGAAAAACAAGCGUCCCACUCACGGCUCACACACUUUCCCCACAGCUGCUGAUGUCAGAGCGGCGCAGGGAGAAUCCCAGACGUCUGAUCUCAGCCGGAAGCUGCAGCGCCGCGUCUCCGCUUCCUCCAUGUGACUCGGCUCCAGCAGAUCCCGCGUCCUCGCUCCGCCUGAUGUCACCAGCUCCAGUCUGCAACCACCACUGGGUCCAAUAUCACUUUUAAUCACAGAGUAACUUCAGCUGCUUUUGUUGUUCCCUGAUUGGAUCCAUCUGAUUCUGGCCGAACUUUUAACUCUUUACUGUUCCUCUUGGAGGCGCAGAGCUACAUCCCAUCUGCUUCACCAAGGGAUCCGUUUUAUUUAUCACUUUAAAUAAAUGAAUCCCUCAUUACGCCCCAGAGUGUAAAUACUUUAGAACAUGGCAGAUACGUUUGCUGUAAGUUUCUCCUGAACCAGUUUGGAUGAUUUCCCAGAGAAACUCCCCCUGGAUGACCCAGCCGGCUCUUCCUAUCCACUAAAAUAACUCUGGAUGUUUUUUCAGGAUCGUUUCUCAACCAAACAAAYGAUGACACAGAAAUCCAGCAGGAAGCUGUGGGAGCAGGAGGCAGGUAAUGACUGGGAUUACUGGAGAUCAGGGUGAUUAAAAUCCAAACAAACCCGACGUGUUCAUGGAGAGGAUGUUUCACCGCUUAUGGGCCGUCAGACCAAACGGAGAUGCUUCAUGUCAGAGUCACCAAACCUGAUUCAGUGGAGAUCUGGAAACUUUCCACAAGCUAAAUGAUUUCAUCUCAACAGGAACCUUUAAAUAGAUUCAGAAAAGGCUACGACCUCUGACCCAAACCAGGAAACCCUUUAGAGAUUCUGUUUGGCCCAUCUGGACCAGAACCCGCUGAAGGACUCUGCUCCUCUCCACCUUCAGGUUCCUAAUCCUGGUCACACCUUCCUCGUGUUUUCUGGCUUACGCCCGUCUCCCUUCACAUCCGCCUGGAAAAACCUCAGAGCUGAAAUCUGUCCCACAUCCAGAACCGCGGACUCAGCACAGAGCCAACAGGAAACCCGGGAACGCCAGCAUCACGGACCGGAAGAACCGACUCGGCACAGAGCCAACAGGAAACCCGGGAACGCCAGCAUCACGGACCGGAAGAACCGGACUCGGCACAGAGCCAACAGGAAACCCGGGAACGCCAGCAACACGGACCGGCGUCUCAGCACUGAUUGGUUUAUAAACGUUUAGUAACAGCCAGCAAUGGUCCAAUCAAGGAAGAGAGAACAACAGAAUCCAACGGUAGAAAUGAGGAGAAUGUUUUAUGUAGACUCUUGGAUCAUUGAGUGAAGGUCGAAGGUCGAAGGCCUUGGAGGAAACGGCAGCAGCUGAUGUGACGACCUGCUGGAUCUCCCAGGUACAGGAAGACUUGGAGGUUCAGGUGAUGGGAGCGAGGCCGUUACGGACUUUAGAAACAAACAGGACACCUUUGAAACCAGCUGUAAAACCCAGUCUGGAGGUUUUGGUCAAAACGUUUAACUGGUAAAAACCUGAUCUGUUUAUUAAACUCCUGAGUUUUAGCUCAAGGUUUUAUCAUUUUUAUUUAGUGUAAGAGGAACGAUGACGACGUCUGUAGUGGAAAUGAAACCAGAAGAUCUUCAGACGUUUCAAUCAGAGCAACUUGUAAAAGGUUUUGGAUCCUGUUCAUCUAUCUGCCGUUGGCUGCAGCAGCCGGGUCAGUCCCGCUCUGGUCAUUUGGGUCAGAGUUUCGUUCAGGAGAAUGAAGAACUGUUCCUCCUCAUCCAGAACAUCGGACCAGCAGAGGUUUAUGAUUCAAGGUCCAGUUCUGGCUUUCAUCACUGACAGGACAAACCGUCUGAGCGCGCUCAGCUCAUACGGCUAUGACAUCACAUCCAGGAGGGUUCUGGACCCGCUAGCUGAUCCGUUACCUUCUCGCCCCGAGACGAGACGAUGACGGCGCGUUGACUGGAGCCGAGAGCCACCAGACCAAACACUGGCUGCCUGAUAGACGCUCAGCAGAUGGAGGGAAGAGUCACGGUUCAGCCGAGUUUUAACCCUCACUCACUCCCAGCCGGCUGCAGGGUGGAUGUGAGCGGGGAAAAGAGCGGUGCGUCACCGCGGAGAGGGAGGCGGAGAGAGAGGGAGGAGGCAGCUGUACUUAUGGUAGGAGGCUCAGAGAGUCGCAGCAGAAAGAGACCGGCCCACUCCGAUAAAAACCAUUCAACUGGUGAGCCAGCGAGCGCACUCAACUCUGACGGAGCGAGAGAGGGAGGGAGCAGCAGAGUUUUUCCCUCGUUUGGCAGGUGGACUGUGAGCCGAGCUCAACUUUCAGCUUCCAAACUUCUGAGAAAGAGACGAAGGCAGCAGGACCGAGCACAGGAACUCUUCCUCUGGACUCAAUUUUCAUCGACUUUUGGACUUUUUGGCCUCUGCCUGUCCCUCUGGUUGGUGGCAACAUGUCGGUGUUACCGUUCCUCAGCUGGGCCCUUCUGGUUCUGGUUCUGGUCCAGGGCGGUGGAUCCUCAGCGGACCUGGCCUCCAGGCCGCUGUCCCUGACGCUGCAGUCGCUGCCGGACGCCUCCAACGCCCACUGCCCGUCCUGCGCCCUGGCCCGGAUGAGGCGCGGCGACGGGCCGGCGGCGGACGGCGACUCGCCGGCGUAUGAGGAGGAGAAGGCGGCGCAGCAGGACGUGGUGGAGGCGGUGAAGAGGCACAUCCUCAACAUGCUCCACCUGCAGGCCCGGCCCAACAUCACCCGGCCCGUGCCGCGCGCCGCGCUGCUCAACGCGCUGCGCAAGCUGCACGUGGGGCGAGUGGCCGAGGACGGCAGCGUGCAGAUCGAGGGGGAGGAGGAGGCGCGAGGGAGGGGAGGCAAGGGGGGAGGAGCGGCGACGGCGGCCGGAGCUCGGGCGGGAGACGGCGGCGGCGACGCGCCGGAGACGACGGAGAUCAUCACCUUCGCCGAGGCUGGUGAGUCCCAGGGCCUGGUGAACUUCGUCCUGUCCAAGGAUGGAGGCGACAUGUCCCUGGUGGAGCAGGCCAACGUCUGGCUCUUCCUCCGCUUGGCCAAAACCAACCGCAGCCGAGCCAAAGUCACCAUCCGCCUGUUCCAGCAGCGCGGACGCCUCGGCCCGCCGCAGGACGAGGUCCUGCUGGCUGAGAAGACGGUGGACACGCGGCGCAGCGGCUGGCACACCUUCCCGGUGUCCGCGGCGGUGCAGGCGCUGCUGGAGAGCCGGCGGAGCAGCGCGCUGAGCCUGCGGGUGUCCUGCCCGCUCUGCAGCGACUCCGGCGCCACGCUCGUCCUGGUCUCCGGCGGCAACCAGAGGGAGCAGUCCCACCGGCCCUUCCUCAUGGCCGUGGUGCGGCAGGGCGACGGAGGCGACGCGCGGCGGCGCAGGAAGCGCGGCCUGGAGUGCGACGGGAAGGUGAGGGUCUGCUGCAAGAGGCAGUUCUACGUCAACUUCAAGGACAUCGGCUGGAGCGACUGGAUCAUCGCGCCGUCCGGUUACCACGCCAACUACUGCGAGGGCGAGUGCCCGUCCCACGUGGCGAGCAUCGCGGGCUCCACGCUGUCCUUCCACUCCACCGUCAUCAGCCACUACCGCAUGCGGGGCUACACCCCCUUCCAGAACCUGCGGUCGUGCUGCGUGCCCACCCGGCUACGCGCCAUGUCCAUGCUCUACUACAACGAGGAGCAGAAGAUCAUCAAGAAGGACAUCAAGGACAUGAUCGUGGAGGAGUGCGGCUGCUCGUAAACACUCGGACCCGAACGGGACGGACCGAACCGGGCCGGAGGAGGCGGCAGCGCCCGCCGUCCUCCGGGUCGCUCUCUGGGACGGAAACUCGUCUCCAGACUUGCUGAGUCAAACUCAGCCAGAGUCUCGAUGGCACUUUCUGAAAAACCAGGAAAAAGAAAAACAAAUGAAUAUCUAAUAUAUUUUUGUUACAAACGGAGGGAGCGAGGCGUAUUUAUGUGGCGUUCAGGAACCGCUGCACCAGUGGGACUUCAGAGAGACGAGGCGCCUGAAAAACUGCAAACAAAAAGAUCUCAAACUAUGCAACUUGUUUCCUGUCCUGAUCUGCUUCUGGAGCGGAGACACCUUUACUCUGUCGAAGUGUACAUCGUGGAGUGUGUGUGUGUGUGUGUGUGUGUGUGUGUGUGUGUGUGUGUGUGUGUGUGUGUGUGUGUGUGUGUGUGUGUGUGUGUGUGUGUGUGUGUUGAGAGAUACUUGAACGAAACAAGUUGGCUCGGCUGCUGGAACCAAACACUUCUUUACGUUACCAUGGUAACCAUGUUGAUGUUAUUAUUAAUUUUAUUAUUGUUAGUAAGUAUAUUAAUAAUAUUAAUGUUAUUCUUGUUAAUAUUUUGUGUUAUUUUUCAGUUUUUUCAUGUUUAAGAAGCGUUACAAACGUGUUAUUUUUUGCACUAUAGCGACUUGAGUUCAGGUCAGAGGUCAACAGGUCACAUGUCACGGUUCAAGGCUUCUGAUUGGUCCCUGCUGCGUUGGGAACCAGUGAAACGCGACGUUAAUUCAAAUGAUUCCCCUGGAGAUCAAAUUAAUCCUCUUUGAUCAUUAAUAAAACAUUUUUAGGUCAUUAGAGGAGAAAAUGUUGGACUCGGAGGGAGAAACCUUCUGGUUGUGGACCUUAUGGGUCCCUCUGAGAGGUCAAACCAUUUCAAGCUACCGUAACAUUUAAAGCUGCAAGUUUAAUGACCUGCUGGGAAGAAAACAUCCGUUUGGUUUCACCUGAGAGACUCCAGCCUACAGAACGACGAGCCGGGUCGGUUCUGUAACGCAUCGGAUCAGAUCCAUAAAAACAAACCUGACGGGGUUAAAGUUCCCUACAGGACGUCUGAUUGGUUCUUUGUUUCCUCUAGAAAUAAAAACAUUUUAUUCAUGUUAAACGUUACGUCUGAUCAUCUGAAGGCACUUUAUGAGAAACUGAACUGAUUCUGGUUCCAGAACCAAAUCAGUUCAGUUCAUCAGACCAAAAGUGAAUCAUCAUCAGAUCCAUAAGGUUCAGUCUAAUCCUGAUCCUCAGAAUUUAAUGGGAAUUAUUAAAGUGUUCAUCUGAAGGAGAUGUUAGUGUUUAGGAUUCAUGCCGUUGUUCAUGUUGCAGAUGAAUUUUUCUGGAUGGACAGACUUCCUGUGAUCAUUCAGACCCAAAGCAGAAAAUGGUUUUGGUCUGUCGUAAAUUAAACCCAGAGCAGAAAACAGAUGAAAUCUUCCUGUUCCAACACCAAAGAGUCCGUCUGACCUUCGGAUUCAUUAAGAUCAAACCUUCAGAAAUCAGAAAACUGUGUGCAAAGGUCAAUAACUGAUGUUAAUCCAUGUCUUUAAUUUCAAACUCAUGUAGUUUCUG